GUAAAAUAUAAGUCCCCCAGGCCUUCAAAAUAUAAAUGUUGAUGCCACACCCUAAAACAAAGGCUGUAUAUCAUUUUCUGCAUAUAAAUCAGGUGUCCACUAGGGAUGCGGAUAGAAGAACCAUCAGAUAAAUAUGUGCGGGUUAGACCUGGGCAGAAAAAGCCCAUGGACAGGGCUGUCCGUUAUAGAAGAUGAGCUGUGAUUCUUUCUUCGUUAGUCGUCUUACAAUCGGGACAUAUCCUUGGGAUUUUGCAAGGCCUGAAGACGCUGUUUCAAGAUCAUUUUCAGACCAAGAAGACGCUACAAGCCAGCCAAUUAAGGUGACGAAGUCAUGACGUCAUUCAACAUCAGAGUCCCGCGGACCGUGGAUGACGUCAGCCUCCCCUGGUUACAACAGGUCCUCAACGCUCACAACUCCAGGGUCAACGUCACUGAUGUCGUCAUCACCGGACCCAUGAGCCAGGCACAGGGCUCAAUCAGCUCAAUACUGGCUGUGGUCGCCAGGGGGACAGAGGACUCUAAGAACGAGCAUUACGACCUGGCUGUUAAAAUUACCAAAGUUGAAGAAGACGUUUCAAAGAAAGUUGUAACUUUAGAGGAAAGGGAGGUCUCGUUUUAUUCCAGCGCAGUACCUGACUUGUAUUCCGUUCUUCGUGUACAGAAUUUAGAUAGUAAACAAAGCAUAGACACAGACCAUAAUUGUUGUAAAUGUCUCUUUUCUGUAGUGUCUUUACCGGUACCGAUGUGCUAUUUCGCAGCUAGUGACCAAAGUUCAAUGAUGUCAGUCAGAGUCCUUGAGAACUUAGAGUCUCGAGGGUUUGCCGUCAAACCCUUUCCGGAACCUUUUAGUCUAGAAGAAACAAUAGUAGCUGUACGUGCGCUUGCACAAAUCCAUGGACUAUCACACCUCAUAGAGCAUAGGACAGGUACACCUUUAUCUGAGAGGUAUAACUGGCUAAGGGACACGGCUAAAGAACGGGCGACUUCACGGCACCAUGAGCGGUACGCAGAAGGGGUGAAGGCGUUUGCCUCGGCGUUUCCAGAGCACACAGACCUGGCGGCGCGGCUGGGACGGCUGACGGCGGAGGUGCUGUUCAAGGGGCGGGAGGGCACGGCGGGAACUCCGAGGGUCCUGUGUCACGGUGACUGCUGGAACGAUAACAUCAUGUUCAAGUACGACCAUGGCGUCCCUGUAUCAGCGAUGUUACUAGACUGGCAGCACGCCUGCUACAGACGGCCCACCUAUGACCUGGCCUGCCUGCUGGUGUACACGACCACACGGGAACUCCGCCACACUCACACUGACGACAUCCUGUACCACUAUCAUCAACAACUACAGCACACGCUGGGGACAAAUGAAGACACCAGACUGAGGUCCUACACCCUAGCAGACCUGAGAGCGGACCUGCGAGCUGACUUCAUCUGUCCCGUGGCGCGGUGGCUGAUGGGAUCGUGGGCCCACCCCCUUCAUCAGUACCCCCAGCUGUUACAGUGUGUGGAGGACAUCAGGGACUGGGGGGUGGUGUAGGACGGGGUGUUGGAAAGAGGAUGGGGCGAAAAAAUUGUAGGACGCAUAAAGAUUUUGUUGGGGUUCGUGGACAACAGUGCACCAGGAAUAUGGCAUACUAGAAGAGUCAAUGGGAAAUUAUAAGGUCUUUUACCAUUGCGAUUUGAAGACAACUAUGAAGAACAUUUGGAAAUUGCCAACUGCGAAACAGUGAACACACACCAGGGCAAACAAACAAAUACACCAAAUGAUUUGAAUAUAUACUUCAGUUUACACUGAGGUAACGAAAGUAACAUCGACAUUCCUCCUCGUAGUGCUGUAGACAUUCCAGGGACGGGCACAGAAAUAUUCAAGUUAAAUCCUAUCUCAAGUUUUCAACGUAGUAGUACCCCCCCCCCCCCCUUUCUCCCUCGCCAGAACCAAAAGGCCAGGUAAACUUGCAAUUGAACCUGUCUACUUGAUGCCCUAAUUUAUGUCUGAAGCCAGAUAUCGUCAAUACAUCGAUCACCAAUUAAUAAAGACUCACAAAACACUGGUAAAUCAAAUCAGUCUUAUGCUUAGCGUUGCCUACUCUUUUUGUACAACAGAAAAGAAAUGCUCGCAUACAUACUCACAAAAGACGUUCAAUAAGAUGCCUGUAGAAUGUAGAUGUUUCAUGCAGUCAUGUUGAAUAGGCAAUGUAAGGUCCCUUGACUCCUGUUGGCGGCUUGCCUUCAAGUUCAAACAACAGGAGUCAAUUGAGCUUAUAUAGGAUAUUCAAUGUGUUUGUCUUCGCUGACAUCUCAGGUGAAUUGACAUAAAAGAAUAACACAAGCAUGGUAAUACUCUCAUAGUCAACGUACGCAAAACCAGUCUUAAAUGUAAAUAGGCCCUUGACCUUAGGUAUCGUUAACAUUCUUUCCAAUGUAACGUUACCUGAUCAUGCUGCCAUGCAUUGCUCACUUUACGGUAACUCAACACUCGUGUUUUCGUCGGGGCGGUCCCGGGCUAGCUAUUCAACAAUCGUUGAACAUUCCCUACCGUAGCCAUGCAACCUUACCUUAGCAUUGUUAAAAACAAUUAAAGCAUGUCGAUGCAGAGACGUAAGAUACUGGAAACAAUACCGCAUUCCAUUAAGAAACGUCAAUGUCGCAAAGACAACCCCUUGUUUUUGCACUGGUCUAAGACAUGUUAUUUCACUAGUUGACAGAUCAAGCUGUAACGCGCCACCAGCUAUAAUCAUGGCAAUCGGUUACCGAAACAAUUGUUAUCUUACUGAAGUCCGUCACCAGCCGGUGUGCCAAGAAACAUCGCCUCCACCUCAGACGAACGGGCCCGGAGACCCUCAACAUUGUCACCCGGGGAAUGCUUGUCUUCAGUGGCGUGACAGAAAUCAUUCCAGCGUCGUAAGACAGGUCUUUACUGUAAGCGACGUCCAACGACGGCCAGUUUGUCAGGAAACCGGCCAAUCUGGAUGCGGCUUUUAAAGUUUGUCAUUUGAAGUGGAC